AUGCAGGAAUUAGAUCCGAAGGUUGAUAAGGAACAUCCCAAGGAACAAUUGGAACAGAGAUCUGUGUCAAUCACAUGCAGUUGCUGGCUCAGGGAGCCUCAUAGCGCAAAGUUCCAAUGCGGCCAUGAGAAAGACCAUGUACUGAGGGAGUGUCCCCUGAGUCCCACCAUGACCCCUCCCCCGCCUCCCGUGUCCCCGCUGCCUGUCCCGCCUGUGCUGUCACCUGCGCCCCCCUGCUGCCCCUCGUCCAACCCCGCCGCCAGCGCGUGCACCAGCACUGGCGCGCACUCCAGCUUGCCCGAGUGGCCCACCAAUGUGCCCCCGCUGCCCCCCCUCCCACGCGGCUGGCCCCGGGGCCCUCCCCGAGAGGCCACCUCGUGCUCGCCCGAGUCCCGCGAGUUCCGCGAGGGGGACAAGGGCCCCUGGCAGGACCUGAGCCAGCACGCGGCGGCAGGGCCGCUGCCGCCGUGGCCCGCCCCGGAGCUGGGGCUGCCGCUGUGGGGGGGGGCAGCAUACCAGCCUCAGGUGAAGGGGCAGUGGAGCCAGGAGGAGGACGCGCUGCUGCUGCGGCUGGUGGCGCAGGGCGGUGCCAAGAACUGGAAGGCCAAGGCGCAGCACCUGACCGGCCGCGUGGCCAAGCAGUGCCGCGAGCGCUGGCACAACCACCUCGCCCCCGACGUCAACAAGGACCCCUGGUCUGCCGAAGAGGAGGCGCAGCUGGCCGCCGCCUACUCCCAGCACGGCCCCAAGUGGUCGCAAAUUGCCAAGGUGCUGCCAGGGCGGACGGACAAUGCCAUCAAGAACCACUGGAAUGCCAUCGGCAAGCGCAAGUACACGCUGGAGCAGCGGCUGCGCGGCGGCAGCAAGGUGUGGAAGGACAAGCCCGACGUCCUGGAGCGCUUCAUCCACUCCCUGCGCACCGCCCAGGCCGCGCCGCAGGAGCCGAGCCCGACCACGUCCGCCGCCCCCUCGUCCACGCUCACUGCGCUGGGGCGGCCCUCCCAGUCCCCCCCGCCCAUGGCCCUCCCCUCGCCCGCCGUCCCUUCCCCCUGGCCAUUGGCCGUGCCGCUGCCACCCCAGGCCGCUGCUGAUGCGGACCUGUUGCGGCUGCGCCAGCUGGACACGUGGCGCUGGGAGGAGCACCAGCGCAUCCAGGCCGAGCACCACCUGUGGCUCCUGCAAGGGGCCGCCGCCGCGCGAGCUCCACCGGCCCGCCCCGACCCCUCAGCGCACCCAGUAGCUUCGGCGAGCACGCUGGUGAGCGGCGAGGCCGCCCCGAGCAGCGAAGCGGCGUCGCGCGUCAAGGUGGACCCGGCGCAGACCGGCGACUGGGAGGGCCUGAUGCAGGAAGGCUCCGGCGAGUCGGUGGGCGAGCCCGAGCCGGCGGACCGCUGGCUCCUCUGGCUGGAAGCGGACGGGCCGCGCAGCGCCACCCCCGCCCCUGCAGCCGCAGCGUCAAGCGCGCCGGGCGCAGAGGGCAAGGCGGGAGAGGGGCCGGGCGAGCUGGCGCCGCACCUGCAGCUGGUGCAGCGCUGGAAGGCGAUGCAGGCCAUCGACGAGGAGAUGGAGCGGCGCAGCGCCACGCAGCCGCGGCCCCUUGCGCGCCAGCGCAGCGGCGGCUGGGGCAGCGAGGACGAGGUCUCGACGCGCAAGCGGGAGAGGGGCCGCCCCGCCGGGGCGCGCACCGCCGCAACGUGCCGCCUGCUGGCCGCCAAGCAGGAGCCUGGGAGCCUGGCGGCGCCGCCCGCCUGGAGCGCAGCCCCGCGGCAGGCGCUCAGCGUGCAGGACCGCGGCACGAACGUGGACGCGCGGCUGGGGCGCAGCGGUGCGCCGCCGUUGCGCAGCCUCUCGCUGCCGUCGUCGCUGCCGUCGGGGCUGCUCGGGGAGGCGGACUCGCUGGCCGCCAUCUCGCAGCUCGCCUUCGAGGCGGCCCACGAGCUGGAGCGGCGCCAGCUCCGGGGGAGCGACGCUCCCGAACCGUGGGACCGAGCAGGGGCCCCGCGAGGGGGCGCCCCCAGCACACAUGUGCCCGGAGUGCCUGGACCGGUGCCGUACCCGUACCCGGGGCAGCAGCGCCCUCCCCCUCAGGGCUUCACCAACCCGAGCGAUCCCCCUCGGGUGGCAAGCUUGCUGGCAGCCCUUCCGGACGAUGCUCUGGGGCUGAAGCGCGGGGUGGACGUGUGGGAGGGGCCAGCGCGCGGGUGGCCGCCCAGCGCCGCCGCACUGCUGGGGGCGUGGGCCGACCCGAGCAACCCCUGGCUGCCUUGAAGGUGGAGCAAGGAAGGUCGCGCUGAUAGGAUCAACGGUCGUGUAAAGAGUGCAGCACUGUAGAGUACCUUAGGCGGAGCCCAGACCUUGGGAGGUGGCCAUUGUAUUGACAACCAAACAAGGAGCUUCGCUCCAGAAUACCGGUCACGCGCUCUGUCGAGGGUGCAAGUCCUUGGUUAGUUGUUGAAAGAGACGGUGAAGAGCUGCAAGAAGGUAGAGUGACAACGCCGUUGCAACCGCCCACUGCCCUUACUUGUUGGAUGCACAGGCUGCCAAUCGUAGUGCUCGCGGCCGUCCAGGUGGAGCGUUUGGACGCGGAGCUUCUAGAAGCCGAGGUUCUCUCGAGUUGAGCCUUUCCUUACUGUGGGUAGGCCUAUUGUAGAAUGCAAGUUGUCAAUAGCUGUGGUGCCAACAAGGCGUGAGCCCAUCAGUUGUGGUUCUAUUCAUUAGCUAGUGCAUUGGGCAGCGAAAGAGAUACGUCCAUCGCUUGGGCUCAACUCUCAUCAUUCGGCCAUUUGCUGUAGCAGCUCCUUGGUAUGCACUAGUAUAGCGCAAAGUACGGCAUAGAAGUUCAAUAGUGGCGGGGAUAGUCGUUGAUGGUAUGUGCCACUGAUAACAUUUUGCAGGUUAAUGUCCGGAUGAAUUUGGUGUUUGCCUAUUCGAGGACAAGCCAAGGAAAAACAGGUCGGAAGUGACAUAGCAAAUCCCGCAGAUAAGUAGUCCUAAGUUGCGCUGAAGGUGAUGAACACAAUCGGCCGUUUAUGUAUAAGGUCUGAUUGGACAGAGCUCAAAAUUGAGACCAUAGUAGCUUAAAAUCAAUUACUAAAGAGGCAUAUCAGUUAGAUUUUGA